CAUAUAUUAAUAUAUGCACUGCACAUGAGUGUAAACCAACAGUAAAGCAAAGACCCGCAGCAAUGACAGAUCCAAUGAAGAAGAAAAUGCUGAAAGAAGAAAUCGUUACCUACGCUUAUCUCAUCCUCUACAUCGCUCUCUCCAGCGGUCAAAUCUUCUUCAACAAGUGGGUAUUGUCAUCAAAGGAAAUAAAUUUUCCAUAUCCCCUUGGGUUGACUCUGCUUCACAUGGCCUUUUCCUCUGUUCUAUGUUUCUUACUCACUAAGGGCUUCAAGAUUUUGAAAGUUGAAGAAGGAAUGACAUUAGAAAUAUAUACGACAUCUGUGGUCCCAAUUGGUGCCAUGUUUGCAAUGACUCUUUGGAUGGGAAACACUGCCUACCUGUAUAUAUCUGUCUCAUUUGCACAAAUGCUGAAGGCAAUUAUGCCAGUGGCUGUUUUCAUCCUUGGAGUAGCAGCAGGACUGGAGGUAAUGAGCUGCAGAAUGCUUUUAAUAAUGUCAGUGAUAAGCUUUGGUGUUCUGGUGGCUUCUUAUGGAGAAAUAAAUAUUAGCUGGAUUGGAGUUGUUUACCAAAUGGGUGGUGUUGUCGGAGAAUCUUUAAGACUUAUAUUCAUGGAGAUUUUGGUUAAGCGAAAGGGUCUCAAAUUAAACCCUAUAUCUCUCAUGUAUUAUGUUAGUCCUUGCAGUGCUCUCUGUCUGUUUAUUCCUUGGCUUUUUCUGGAGAAACCAAAAAUGGAUGCCCAUGGGAUGCGGAACCUUAAGCCUCUUGUGCUAACGCUCAACUCUCUCUGCACCUUUGCACUCAACUUGUCAGUUUUCCUAGUGAUCUCGCACACUAGUGCUCUAACCAUUCGUGUCGCUGGAGUUGUCAAGGAUUGGAUGGUUGUUUUAGUAUCUGCCCUUCUCUUUGCAGAUACAAAGUUGACAGCCAUAAAUUUACUUGGUUAUGGCAUCGCCAUUGCUGGAGUGGCGGCGUACAAUAAUCACAAGUUGAAGAGGGAAGCAUCUCGCAAUAUCUCUGACAACUCCCAAGAUGCCCUGACCAUACCGAUGACUACGUCAUCGAAUCCAAACAGAUAGUAAAAUAGAACACAAAUCUGCCAAGAUGAUGUUGAAAGUAUAAAAUAAUUGCAAGAAUGAGAGUUACCCGGAACCACCACAGAUUAUUUGGUGUACUUGUUUGUGCCAUUAUCGAGCUGCAACGCGGUUGUUAUAUCUGGGGAAAGUGUCCUCCUGGGAUGAGGAAAAAUAGAGAAACUGUAAAGAAAUACUUGGACUGUUUUAAACUAUAGUGUUAUUAUGAUUUUGUUU